AUGGCCCAGGGGCUAAGUACAUGCCAUCCCGACGCUCCUGCCAUACUCCCUGCCGUCGAGGCCAAAGGCUGGCUUGAGAAGAUGAAGCCGGUUGCUGUGGCUGCUGUGAGGACUCCUGUGUCUUACGCCCCGUUCAAAGACCCGAAUUGCGAUGGCGCCAUUGCGUAUAUCUGGGCGGAGGACGACAGCAUCGUCACGCCUGAAUUGCGCCAAUCAUAUCUGGACAAGAGCGGUAUCACACUGACCAGGAGCGUCAAGGGGGGUCAUGGUAUUGAUCUGGAGGCUAGGGAAGACGUCGUGAAGAAUGUCGUUGAGCUUGUCGAGCACUUCGAAUCUAUCUAA